AUGAGGAACUCGGAUUCUCUUCCUAGAGAUGAUCAUGCGGUAUCUCAAAGAUCAGCUACCUCUCGACCAAGUUAUCCGGAAAGAAGACCUUACCAUGACUAUGCGCGACACCAAUCAUCUUAUGACUCAAGAGCUGUAGGAAGAGCUCAGGACAGGAGGCCUACAUUUGAGAGAAGAGAGCUAAGAGACCGUUCCUCCACCCACUCUUCGAGAGAAUACCACCUUCAUGGGGAUCGUCCUCAAUAUUCUCAGUCCUCAAGGACCCCUCCCCCGAAUCCAGCCAGGGAGCCUAUGGAACUACCGGUUAUUCCGGAACGUGGUGAGAUUAACAGCCACUCCUCAGAGCGACGAUCAGCGCUGGAGAGAAUUGAGCGCCCCCAUCAGGAAUCCCAGAGGUCUGGUGGCCUCUCCACCUCAUUGAUAGCACGGCUGCAAGAUGUUGAGGUCAACUAUGAGCAAGGAGACCUUCGUAAUAAAUUUAAUGAAGGAAGUGCUGGUAGCAAACAUAACCAGUCACCGGCUAGGGAUCACCCUGUGUCUGGUCAGAGAGUCCCUGCUACACUGCGAAUUGGCUCUCCUGUAGGCACUAAAACCAAAACUAAUCAAGCAUCCUCAAGUAAAAAGAAAGCUGCAAGCAAAGCAUCGGCAAAGAAAGGAACCAGUGCUAAUCCAGCAGCUCAAGGGAAGAGAGCAACCAGAGCAAAAGUGAAUAGAAGUCCCCUCCAAAGUACGCGCCUUUCGAAACAGAUGACAGCUCGCUCCACUAAUCCGCCCCGCAAGAAAUUAUGUGUGGAAAGGAGUGGGAAUGAAGACUUACCUGAUCCUCAAGCGCAAGAACCCCCAACAAUAGUGCAAGUCCCAGCAACAAGGAAGCGAAGGGCGGAUUUUCGGCCCCCGCAAAACCCGAUUCCUUAG